AGGACAAAAGUUACGGAUUAAGCGCGUCUCCUCAGAGAGGACAAAGCGAAAGGCAGCUAAUUCGUCUCAAUAUUUUUUUUGUCAAGAUUACCAUCAAUCCACAGGUUUCCGCACGCGUUGAGGACAUUAUAUUGGAAAAGAAAAAAGUUAUUUCUGUGUCAUUAUGUGUCUGGACCCUUCAGCUUUGCAUGAUGGCUUCUUUCAGAAACUUUGAUGGAAUAAAUGGCGCACUGCAGGAGAACAAGGUUGAUGAAGAAAACUGUGAUUGUCGAGUUUUGGUUUUGUGACUUUUCAGAUGGUGGGAUUGUUGUCGCUGGACACUUUUGUUGCUGCUGAGUUUCUCGAUGGCGUAGGUGGUGGCAAGACUUUUUAAAACACCUCAAAGACCUAAGGAUUUCGUAUUUCUUAAGCAAGAUACAUCUGGAUUAUGUGCGUGAAAGAAAUUUGGAGUGUUUAACACAAGUGAAAAGCCACCAUUGUUAGUUCUGGAGGAGGGAAAUGCGGAGUAAAAACGGCGUCUAGAAGGAUGCUGCUGCUUGUACAAUGGAAGUGAAGAACUCUUUUGCUGUCGUUGCGGUGGUUUGUCUCUUCUUUUGCUCAAGUUUCAGCCAAGAACUCAACCCUAAAGGCAGGAAUGUAUGCAAAGCACCUGGGUCAUCGGGAUGGGUGUGCUGCGGUGGAUGGGGGCAGCUAGGGGAUGAAUGCCUGACACCUCUCUGUGAAGGCAACUUUACCUGCAAGGAAAAUGAGGUGUGUGUCAGGCCGAAUGAAUGCCGCUGUCGUCACGGAUACUUUGGAGCUAGCUGUGACACUAAGUGCCCUGCCCAGUUCUGGGGCCCUGACUGCAAGGGGAAGUGUAAUUGUUACCCCAACGGCCAGUGCGAUGACUUGACCGGCGAGUGCACCUGCAACCACAAUCGCUGGGGACCAAACUGCGAGAACGCAUGCUUAUGCCAAAAGGGCAAAUGUGAUCAAGAGACGGGCAAAUGCACAUGCCACCCCGGCGUCUGGGGUCCCCAGUGCAACAACAACUGCUACUGCAGCAUCAACUCCAUCUGUGAUAACAUGACAGGGCGUUGCCUGUGCAACCCCGGCUGGACGGGGAGGAACUGUGCAAUCCAGUGUAACUGUAACGGUUCACCGUGUGACCAGUUCACGGGACGUUGCCAGUGCCGCGAGAGGCUGUGGGGCCCACGGUGUGAGCGAUACUGCCAGUGCAUCCACGGCAAAUGCAAUCAAGCCGAUGGCUCGUGUACCUGCACACCAGGAUACCGUGGGAAGUUCUGCAGGGAACCAUGUCCUGCUGGAUUCUAUGGUCAAAACUGCAGGAACAGGUGUGGGCACUGCAAGGGCCAGCAGCCCUGUAAGGUGACGGAGGGACGCUGCAUCACCUGCGACAGAGGCUGGAACGGGACACGGUGUGAUCAGCUCUGCUCCAAGGGCUUUUUUGGCGAAAACUGCCAGGAAGUGUGUCCCACCUGUAAAGACGGUCACCACUGCGACCCCAUUCAUGGCAAGUGCUCUCACUGCAACCCCGGCUGGAUUGGGGACAGGUGCGAGGUGCGCUGCCCCAACGGCACGUACGGCGAGAACUGUGAGAACAACUGCAGCCACUGUUUUAACGGCAUCUGUCACGUUGUGACUGGAGAGUGCCUGUGUGACCCGGGCUUUUACGGCACCUACUGCAAUAUGACCUGUCAACCUGGCCAGUACGGAGUGAACUGCAACCAGACCUGCUCUUGCCACGACAAGAACUGUGAUCCUGUGUCUGGUGCCUGCUAUCUUCAGCCCAACCAGCGGAUGGGUGUGAUUGCGGCUGGAACCCUGGUCUCCUUUUUACUGAUUGUCCUGCUCUCGCUGCUGUGCUGCUGCUGCCUGUGUCGACACAAAGACGACCACAACAAAAAAGCCAAGCGGAUCCUGUGUGGACGAUUCAGCCGAAUCAGCACUAAACUUCCCCGUAUUCCACUGAGGCGACAGAAACUGCCCAAAGUAGUCGUAGCCCACCACGACCCAGAGAACACCUUCAACUGCAGCUUCAUCGAGCCCCCCUCAGUGGCCGAGCAGCCCUCCCCCUCCUCCUGGUCAUCCCAGGAGUCCUUCUCUUCCUUUGAGAGCGGAGAUGAUGGGCCAGUUUACUGUGUGCCCCAUGAAGAAUCUGUGACUGAAAGCAAAGAGAAGCGCAGCCCCAGCCCAGCAACAGAGAAGCCAGAGGUCGUCUGUAAUGAGGACGAUGCAGGAGAGUACACCUCCCUGAAAGACACCAGUGUCACAAAACCGGAAGGCAGUGAGCAGCCCCUGCUCAAGUCUUCUGACAGUGAAGGCUCCACCAGCGGUUCUGAGUCCACAACUGCGGCUCUUUACGCCCGCAUCGCCCGCCUCUCCAAGCAGUCCAAGGAGGAUGACAGUAGUGGCAAGGACGGGGAUGGCACUCCUACACCAGAGGCCAAGCGCAAUGGAAAACCACCACCUUCACCUGGCAAGCCCAAACCACGCCCACCAGACCCAUCCACUAAGCCCAAGAUAUCAUGGAUACAUGGAAAUACCACAGGGUCUCCGCAGCCAGAGCAGCAGGGACAGGGGGGAAUGAAGGCACUGGCAGUGCCAAAGGAGAAGAAGAGGAGCUCAAGCGAUGGCUCAGCCAAGAGUGAGGAGAGGCAGAAAAUGAAGGAGAGGAACCGCGAGCAGCAGAAGAAACAGGAGGGGAAGGAGGCAGACACCAACGGCUCCCCCAGUAAACACAAACCUCUGCGAGGUAAGAAGUCUGGGGACGAGCACAGCAGUCCCAGUCACAUGGAGCACAUUAAUGGUGUUGUUCAGAAUGCCCUGAAGAAGAUUAGUAGCUUUCACAGCUCCUCAUCUGAGAAGAAGAGUGCUGACAGUCCAAAGGAGACCCCCAAAGACCCACCCAAGAGCCCUAAGGUCAUCCAUCCUCAUAUGAACUCUGAGGCUGCAACACUGCUGGCUGCUCAGCUGAAGGAGAAAACCCAAAGCAUCAACAGGAACGAGGGGACAGGCCUGACGAAGACCAACGGUCUCUCCACACCCAAGGGACACCGGGAGAAGCCCACACCUCCACAGAAAGCCAAGAGGACCCCCUCCAGUGGAUUGAGCCAGCAGGGCUCCACCAAGCCCCUGCUGCCCACCUCGAGCAGCCUCCAGAAGAUGGUGGCUCCCGUCACUACCGACCUCGGGACCCCUGAUGCCAAGAGCCCGGAGAAGCAGGACUUGAACGGCUCAAGGUCAGGGGACCCAACGCUGGAUCCUACACCAAAGAAGACUCCAAUAAAAAAGCCACCCAGGAAGAAAGGCAAGGAGGGUACUUUGGAUACACCUGAAAGUAAAACACCCCAGCAAAAGACAGCCAUCAUGCCACCGCAGGUAGUGAAAUAAGUGGUUUUAAAAGACAAAUGUUGUGAUGGAUUUCAAAAAGACUAAAAAUGGAUUUGUUGUUGAACCACAUAGUUUUUCAAUCAAGGAAUUUAAACGUUUUCCUGUGUGAGUGUGCUGUGACUUCAGGACCAGCCAAGAGUGAGAAAUGCUUUUUAAUCGAGGGCAUAUUGGUGAGUUGUAUUAUAAUGACCUCUAUACACCAUUGUAUUACAU